AUGAUUAAAGACUGGUUGGGUGCUGGUAGAGUCAAAUUCCAUUCACCGCUUAGCAUCAGAACGAGCGGUGUUUUGUUAAGAAAUUAUGAGAAUAAUAUUAAAUAUCACAUUUUUGUUCUGAAUCCUGCGAUAACGUUGUGGGAAUAUGAGAGACAUUUACAUACUUUAACUCCACAUCGCGCCCAAACCUCGAACCGUAAUUAUGUUAAAGUUGGGGCUUCUGACUUGGUUUCAUAUACGAAAUACUCAGACCAGAUAUUAUUUUAUACCCUCAAGGUGCAGAGCAUAAACACCGACAAUUCUGACAAAUGCAGAGGAAAAAUUCGUUGUAGGAUGCAAAAUAACGAUUAA